UUAAGGUAUCGGAAGCUGGUUUACGAAUUUUGGGGCCAUGUCAUGCCUUUGCGCAACUUUUUGCCUUUCAUCCAUCCUUAUGUCAGCGGGUAGUGCAAAUUAGUAAUUGCCACCAGUAAGAUAGCUCUAGAAUAUUUAAGACUCCGAACAAUCUCAAUUUCUUAAACUUCUAACGAAAAUGGUCAAAGCUGUCGCUGUCGUGAGAGGAGACUCUACUGUUAAGGGAAUUGUUACUUUUGAGCAGGCUUCGGAGUCUGAACCAACCACCGUUUCAUGGGAAAUUUCCGGUAACGAUCCAAACGCUCUGAGAGGUUUCCACAUCCACCAAUUUGGUGACAACACUAACGGCUGCACUUCUGCUGGACCACACUUCAACCCAUUCGGCAAAAACCAUGGUGCACCAGAAGACUCCGAGAGACACGUUGGUGACCUUGGUAACAUUACUACCGACGCCAAUGGAGUUGCCAAGGGUGCAAAGCAGGACAGCCUGAUCAAGCUUUUCGGUGAAAACUCCAUUUUGGGAAGAACUGUCGUUGUUCACUCCGGUACCGAUGACUUGGGUAAGGGUGGCCACCCAGACUCUUUGAAGACCGGUAAUGCCGGUGGCAGACCAGCCUGUGGUGUCAUUGGAUUCUCUUCUUAAAUGUCUUGUCUUGUAUGGAAUGGGUUGCCCCCAAAGUUUUGUAUAGUUGAUCAUUUCAACUCCCAUUAAAUUCUUUACCGCAGUUGUAGUCUAUUUACAUUAUUCGCUUUCCCAAAACAUUAAACCGCCCCCUGGUCCAGAGCUGUGUCUACUGAAGUAGUCAAAGUCAAUGGACACUGCGUUGGCUAGCAAAACUGCCUUUUGAUCGAGAGUCAUUCCUUUAUCAGAAACGGGGUAGUAUAAAUCUUCCAGCCCCUGGAAGCUCAAUGGAUCCAUACGAAUCACAUAAAUGCCUGUGUCAGUGAAAAGUUCCCUUGCAAAUCCAACGAAGUUCCUCGAGACAGCGCCCAAUAUCGUUCCAUUCUCUGCCCUGACGGGAAACUCCCAGGAUAAGAAACCAGAGUCAAUGGCUCCAAAUUGGUCGAAUGCGUCGUCAUCACUUGCUUUGAACAAGUUGUAUCUUCGUCUCCACAAAUGCCAACUCUGAACCGACUCUCCGAUCAAAGCCCCAUCAGGAUAACGAGAGUCUAUUACGUUGGGAAGAAAUGCUUUAAUGUGAGAGUUGAUGAAGCUGAACGGUCUUUUGAUAGUCAUCAAAACGUUGCCGUAGUUGUCUAGUAGGUCCACAGUGAACGGACGGUGAAGUCUGUAUAUUUGCCUCAUUAUUGCUUUGGUGAACCCAAAAUCGCGCUCCAAAAGCCAACCUAAUUGAUUGCCCAUCGAAUCCAUGAGAACGUAUCUAUUAGCCUGCUCAAAUCCCAGGAACAAAUUCAUGUACUCAAUUUCUCGUUGUAUAACCAAGGUUGGUUGUGACAAUAUCGACGCCAAAGGGUCUGAGUGACUGAUGAUUCCUCCAGGAUUGGGUGUAUGCACAUAGCUGGUGUGAGACGGAAAUCGCGAGUAAUCCUCUGUUACAUGGCGGCCGGUCGUCUUUCUCAUCCCGUACCGGCUGCUAUACCACCUGCUGCUCCGAAUACUGAAGUCAUUGCCUCUCCACGGCUUAGCUGCUGUCUUUACUGAGCGUAUCAGCGGAGACCAC